AAGAUGGCGGCCCCGUGCUUCCCCACGCCGCUGCAUGGACACGUGGGCCGUGGCGCCUUCAGCAACGUGUACGAGCCUGCCGAGGACACGUUCCUGCUUCUGGACGCGCUCGAGGCAGCAGCGGCGGAGCUGGCGGGAGUGGAAAUAUGCCUUGAAGUAGGGUCAGGGUCUGGUGUGGUAUCUGCAUUCCUGGCCUCUGUGAUUGGUCCUCAAGCUUUAUACAUGUGCACUGAUAUCAACCCUGAGGCAGCAGCUUGUACCCUGGAGACAGCACGCUGUAACAAAGUCCACAUUCAACCAGUAAUUACAGAUUUGGUCAAAGGCUUGCUACCAAGAUUGAAGGAAAAAGUUGAUCUUCUGGUGUUUAAUCCCCCGUAUGUAGUGACUCCACCUGAAGAGGUCGAAAAUCACGGAAUUGAGGCAGCUUGGGCUGGUGGCAGAAAUGGUCGAGAAGUCAUGGACAGAUUCUUUCCACUGGUUUCAGAUCUCCUUUCACCAAGAGGAUUAUUCUAUUUAGUUACCAUUAAAGACAACAAUCCAGAAGAGAUUUUGAAAACAAUGAAGACAAGAGGUCUUCAGGGGACUAUUGCACUUUCCAGGCAAGCAGGCCGAGAAAUCCUUUCAGUCCUCAAGUUUACCAAGUCCUAACAUAAAGUGUGAGCUGACAGCUACUGGAAGCUGAAUGCAUUGAGCAAAUUUUGAAACUGAAGUCAUUCCUUGGUUAACAAGGAAUUUUAUCAGAAAUUUGUCAUAAAGAAAAAGGUAAAAGGUGAGGCAUUUCCUUUCACCUGGGAAUCAGGCCCAGAGAAAUUUGCACAAGUGCAAGUUAAUAUGUAUAUUAAAUUUAUAAUUUGCAUUUUAUAUGUUAUAUUUAAGUUAUAGGAAAGGAUGUUUAUUUCAGCAUUACUUAUAAUAGCAAAAUAAUGCAAUCCACCUAAAUAGCCAUCCUGAGGAGAGUAGAUAAAUAAAUUACAGUAUAUACAUUUCACUGAGCAUGCAGCCAUUAAACAUGAGUCAAGUCUGCGUAUACCUAGCCAGAGGGGUCCACGGUGUGCUAUUGAGUGAAAAGAUCAAGUUGCAAAACAGUGUUAUCCUAUAUGUAUAUUUUUGGAAAACCAACAGAGAGGGUAUGUUUGUAUGUGUACAUAAAAAUGUCCCAGAAGAUAAACAACAGGUGAAUAAGGAACUUUUACUCCUCUGUGUUGGCAUUUGCAUUUACACAAUAAUAAUGUUAGGACAUUAUUAAAAAAUUGUUGUAAGCUUAACCAAGUGAUGACUACAACUGCAGCUGCUGCACCUGAUGUGGUUUCAUUGCUUGAAAAAAUUGACACAUCCCCCGGUGCCUGCUACACAGCUGUUGAUCUGGCAAAUACCUUUUUCUCCAUACCUGUCCAUAAAGGCCCAGCAGAAUCAGUUUGCUUUCAGCUGGCAAGGCCAGUAAUGCACCUUCACUGUUGUAUCCCAGGGAUGUAUCAACUCUCCAGCCCUAUGUUACAAUGUAGUUCACAGGGAUCUCGAUCGCCUUUCCCUUCCACAAGAUAUCACACUGAUCCAUUAGACUGGUGACAUUAUGCUGAUUGGACCUAGUGAGGGAGUAGUAGUAACUAGUCUGGAUUUAUUGAUAAGACAUUUUCAUGUCACAGGGUACGAAAUAAAUCUAACCAAACUUC